AUGUCCACCACCACAUCUAACAACCCCAACCCAAACCCCAACACCCCCGCAGCGCCUAGUGGGCCCGGCUCCACCAAAAUCGCGGGGAGGCUGGAGUUGCUGUCCCGGCAGAACCGCUACCAACCGCCGCUAUCGUCAUCAUCAUCAGCCCGCUCCUCCCCCUUCCCAACCCACCUCGGCCUCUUCGCCUACGGCACAUUAACCAUCGAUGCGGUGAUGCACGCCCUGCUAGACCGGGUGCCGCCGUCAACGCUGACUUCAGCGCCCGGGUGGAGAGCAGCUGGCUUGCCGGAUUUACCAUACCCAGGGCUUGUCACCGACCCGACAAGUGUGGCACCAGGGAGGGCCUACAACGACCUCACAGAGCGAGAAUGGGCCAUUUUGGACUCUUUUGAGAAUCCAAAGUACGACGUCGCGCGGGUCACUCUUGCCAGUGGCGCUGAAGCGCUGGCCUAUAUCUGGCCUGCUGAUCCCCCUGCGCUGACGACCACUUGGACGGUUGACUUCAUCGAUACUGAAGGCAUGGAAGACUACCUAGCCAUGUGUGUGGAAUUCAGGCAGGACUGGGAGGAGAGCCAGAGGUCAAAGACUUCCUGA